CUCUAAACAAUUUGACAUGACCCGCUUGUCACCAAACCUACUUAUCACCGGCACACCCGGCACGGGGAAAACAGCUCUAGCCACGUUGGUGUCGGAUCGUCUAAAGUUCAAUUUUUUGAGUGUCAAUGACGUUGCAAAAAAUCACCAGCUCUACGAUGGUUACGACGACAAAAAUGAUUGUCACAUUCUGGAUGAGGAUGCUAUCGUCGAUAAUUUGGAAGGCUUCAUGGCUCGUGGUGGUCAAGUAACUUGUUUUUAUUUCAUCUAAGUUGUCGAAUACCAUUCUUGUGAUUUUUUCCCUGAGCGGUGGUUUGAUGCUGUAUUCGUUUUGCGCACAGACAACUCUAUUCUUUAUCCGCGACUCGCAUCCCGGGGUUAUUCGUCGGAGAAAAUAUCCGAUCUGAUACACUGUGAAAUCGUUCAGGUCAUACUGGAUGAAGCUCGUGAAUCCUAUGCUGAGAAUAUUGUGUACGAAUUGCAAAACAAUACUUGGGAGGACCAAGAACACAACGUGGCUCGCAUUUGUGAAUGGGUUACCGAGUGGUGUAAAACACAUGUAUCAUAAUAUAAAAUACUUUGACU